CGUUCAUCGGUGAUCGCAAUAUGUCGGACUAUUUGUGAAUAUUUUUAGAUUUAGAGUAUUAAAUAAAACACAUGUCCAUAAUAUUUUGUAGCAAUUAUUGCUAUGGAAUAUACAUAACAAUAGUUAUAAAGUGAUCGAUAAAAGACGUGUGUAAACGAAGAUAUGUGUUGUGGGCCGUUUGCCUUGAGUGUUUCUUGUAAUAACAUACGUGACGAGGCUCGUAUACAGCGGUGUCUCGAUCGAUGGACUCAUUGUUCUAAAUAACACUCCAGUUAUCGCCAGGUGUGAACCUGUGCGUCGAGUUAUAUUGUAAAUAUUUGUAUAAAAUACAAAAUGGAUCAAAGGGUUCAAUGCCCUGUUUGUACAUUAUACCUUCACAAUGGGAUGUCAUUGGAGUCUCAUUUGGAUACUCACCCAAAAGAUCAGGUGAUAAAAGCACUUUGCAGUUUAUCUGCCAAAAAAUCUAAUGAUUCAACCGUUACACUAACACCAAGUAGCUCAGAGGGAUCUUACAGAAGCAGAACACCUUUAACAGAUGAUAGUGUAAGAUGGUCAACCUCAAGACGGAGCACAGAUAGUGGAUACUGGCCUAGAACCCCUAGUAGAAAUAAAUCAGCAUCAUCAAAUGUCUCCAGUAACUGUAAUCCUGAACUUCAAAGUGGUGCAUCUCAUUUUGAGAAUAAUUUAAUAAAUAACAGUGCUGAAUUCUCAGACUGUGAGGUGAAAUCUGUCAAGAGCUCAAAUGCAUUUACUCCAAAUGUUCACCUAACAACUGAUUACAACCAACAAUAUCCAUUCUAUUCUGAAACUCCCGAUGAGAGUGAAGUUAAGUAUUCACGAAGUACUGAUUAUAAUGUUACUGAUAAUGGAAACCAAAUUUUUACAUAUAAUGUACCAAUUGUAGGUAAUAUGAAACUACCACCCAGAAUUGUACCUGCAAAUGCAACAAGAGGAAACAACAACUUCAUUAAAUUUAUACCAAAAUCAAACAAUAUGAUGGUUAAAAACAUUGGAGGUGUAAGAUACAUGGCACCUAGUGUAAAACCAUAUUCAAUGAUGUUUUCUGGAAAUAGCAUGGGAUCAGAUAUUUUAAGUCCAAAAAACCUAAGUCAGCCAAUAGAUGGUCAGUUUAAUCAAAUGGCCCAUGAAGGAAUAGCACCAAAUGCAACUUCUGUUACACAAAAUUCACAAAUUAUCUACAGGGAGAUGGUUCACAGUGUUGAUGGCAAACCUUAUAUUUCUAAUGUUCCACAGAUGCUGAAUGGUAAUGAUAAUGCAGCACAAAACAGCUCAAUGUAUCAAAAUAUGAUGGUUAUUGACCAGUUUGGUAAUACAUCUUGUAUGUACAAUACACCACCAUCUAAUUCUAUGACUAAAGCUGAGCCAGUCUCCAAUGAGUCAAACAAGACCUUGAUAAUUGAAGUGAGCCCCAUGUCAGCAACAGAUGAGAAAUAUAUAAAACCAGAAAUACUUAAUAACCCCACCACUACAGUAUCAGAUAAAUUACAUACUUCAUUACCCAGCUCUUGUAAAGGUUUGAAAAUUCUUAGUAAUAUUAAAGUUGAGGUUCCUGUUAAGCAUCACAAAUAUAUGGUCAACACUGUGAUGGAUCUCACUGAAUCUGAUGAGUUGAGCUAUGUUCAAAGGACUCCAUCACCUGAAAAUAGUUUGCUAGAUUUAGAAGAGAAGAAAGAAAUUCCAAAACUAACUGAUGAUUGUGCUCAACCAUGUACCUCAAGCAAUGACAGUUUAAUAACUAAUUCAUUAUCAGUUAUAAAAAAUGUGGGAAAGUUGCAUCCUGAAGAUGUUUCUAUUAAAGAAGAUAAAAUGGAAGAUGAAUUUUCUGACAGUUGUCCAGUACCUGAUCUUAUUUGUAAUGAAAAACCAUCUAUAUCUCCAUGUAGUGAAUUGUUGGAAAACAGUGAAAACUCUAUGGAUCAAAUAACAUCAACUAAGCCUGAUCCGUCAAUCAAAAUUGAUUCCAAAGAUGAAUUGACUAGUUCACUUGAAAUCAAAAUUGAUUCCAAAGAUGAAUUGACUAGUUCACUUGAAAUCAAAAUUGAUUCCAAAGAUGAAUUGACUAGUUCACUUGAAUUGUUAGCAGGUAACAAUAAACUGGAUCAUUACAGUCCUGACACAAGUUCAGAUUUCAAAACAAAAAGUGAAAUUUAUGAAUCAGGGUUGGAUGCAGAAGAUCUAACAUCCGGAUCUAGUUCUCGUUUAAGUGUUUCACCAAGUCCAGACCCUUCCAUACCAGAAUCAUCUAGACAAAAUUCAACAUUGAAGUCUGAGUCACCCAGAUCCUCUAUUAAUUUAAAUCUUCAAGAGGAACGCAAGGUACGAAACCCACCAAAGCCUCGUAAUAUACCAUUAAGUUUGAAUAAUAUAUUUGUUAAAAAGCACAAAAAAAUUCUUAAAAUAAAAAAUAAAAAAUUUGCUUCAAAAGUAGUCCAACCUAAACAAGAACCACAGCCAUCUUCUUCAAAUACUGUGCCAGUAGAAAUAUUUUUUGAUUCAAGUGUUGUAAAGAAAUCUGAAGAUACUGAGGACAUAAAAGAGGAUAUAAAUAAAACAGAAGACAUUUGUAAUAAAAAUGAAGUUGAUGCUGAUACAGAGGAACAAUCAAUGGAUAUUGAACCUGUUGCACCCUCCACUAUUAGUCAUGAUGACAAAUCAAAUAAAAUGGACAUUUUACAUAUUAAGGAAGAGGUUAACACUAGUUAUGAAUUUAGUUGUGAAGUAGAUAGAUGCAAUAAUGAUGAUGCACCUUUUGAUACCAUACGUCCAAUUAAUGUAAUUACAUAUGGGAAUAUUCCGGCCGACAAAUUUGAUGAUCAUUCAGACCAUGAAGAACUUUUGGAUUCGGAAACUACAAAAAGAAAUAAACAGUUUGUUAAUAUGAUGAGUGAAAAUUAUUUUGGAGACAAUAUCUAUGCUGACUAUUUCACACCAGACCAUGUAGAAGCUUUUGAUGCAGACAAAGAGUCGAACGAUUCAGAAAGACCGGAUGAUGUAUGGGGGGAGCCAUCUCAGAAGCGAAAUGAAUUUGUAUUACCAAAUUUAAUUGACAACAGUUAUAAAAUUCCGUAUAGCACUAAGGUACACUAUGAUGGGAAUGAAAGUGAAAGAAAAAUUGAAUGUAGCGAGGAACCAGACAACAAGGAUGAUAUUUUGAGUGAAAGCAGAAGUGAAGGAGAGCCACCCUUGAAUAUAUGUGCUGAUGAACACAUGCCACCUAGAGGAGAACUUAGUGGCCAAGAGAGUAAUGGGGACAUGGAAUCACCAUGGAGUCGGAUGUAUAGUGAAGUGACACCCACGGAGCCUUACGACUUGAUUGCUAGAGAGAGUUGGGUGUCUGAUGGUUCAGAUGUUGAUGUAACUGAAAAGAAAGAUAACUUGGAUGAUGAUGUUCAGUACAAGUGUCGUCUUCAUACGUGCACACAGUGUGGCCUCAAGUUUGCCUCGCUAAAGGAACUGCGGGCUCACAGAACGAACGAGCACGUCACGGCAACGUGCUCGGCGUACAAAACCUACAGUCGCAUGAUCACAGCGAGAUCUAUCAAGAAAGAAGAGAAGAUCAAUGAUAAUAUUCUAGCAGGGAAACAUCUAUUUGAUACGGAUGUGACGGACCCCAAGGCGGCCCUACAAGAGUAUGAUAUUCUAAGGGAUUGUAAACCGGAAAUUAAGAGUUUGAUCAAGCAGGAGAAGAAGAGGAAAAGAAACUUCAUCUGUGAGAUAUGCAAGAUUGACCAGGGCAACGAUGUGGCAUUCAAUGAACAUCUGAAAUUGCAUCCGUUGGAAUGUCAGACUUGUGGGAAAAGGUUCUAUAGACGAGCAAACCUUUCGCUGCAUAUGAAGACACAUCUGGGGAUAAAGAACUAUAAAUGUGAAGUAUGCCAGAAGCGGUUCAUAACCCGACAGAAGUUGAAUGAGCAUCGCAACAUCCACACGGGCCUGGCGCCCGUUAAGUGCACCGUGUGUGACGAGACCUUUAGGAGAUACUCCAAUAUGGUGCAGCAUAGAAAUCGUCACCACCUCAAGAAGAAAGCGAAGGUGAAGGACUUCGUGUGCCACGCGUGCGGAGCCGUGUUCCACUCGGCGGCCAAGCUGCUGUGGCACAAGGAGACCCACGACGAGAAGCCCAAGGCGUGCCUGUACUGCAGCGACAGGUUCGUGCACGCGGCCUCGCUCACACGCCACGUGCGCCGCGUGCACAACGAGUUCUACCUGUCCGACAAGCUGCGGGGCAAGGUGGACAACGUGCACUGUCACGUGUGCAAACAGGUGUAUCUACGCACAAAUCUUCGAGCCCACCUCGAGAUUCACAGCGGCAAGCGUCCCUACCUCUGCGUGGUGUGCAACAAAUCGUUCACCACCAAAUGGAACCUCAAGCUGCACAGGUGGACGCACAUGAGCCGGUCCGCCAAGCCCUACAAGUGCACCCUUUGCAAGGGCGCCUUCGUCCGCCACUCCGAGUACAUCUCGCACAUGAAUGCUCACAAGUCGGUGCGGCCAUACACGUGCAACUACUGCGGGUGCCAGUUCAUAAGGAAGUAUAACUGCCAGCGCCACGUCAGGGAACACGAAAUGGCGAAGAAGUUUGUGUGCAAAGUGCCCGAGUGUGGUAAGUCCUUCCAUAGGGGUUACUACCUGUCCGAGCAUAUGAAGGUUCACAGUGGGGCACGGCCGUUCGCUUGCAAUAUAUGCGGGAAGACUUCUAGUAACAAAUCUAAUCACAAUAAACACGUUAAGAUACAUCAAUUGAGAGAGACUGUCGCGACUGAAGCGUAACACUUGUGUUACAAACUCUCCUAAAUUGAGGAGAUUUCCCUGGAAAUUGGGAGAAGUAUUUCGUCUUCGUAAUACAUAUCUUGGUUUCCGUGUGGCAACAAAGUACAUUACUAAUAGAAAGUCGCUGUGUAAAUAUCUAGAAAAAUUUUUCGUGUAAAUAGCGCGUUGAACUUUAACAUUUUUUCAAAUUUUAGCCGAUUGUAAUGAUGACUUUAUCGGAAGAAUAUAUUUAUUUUACAAUUGAAUAUGAAUUGUAUAGUUUUAGGUUGUGUCGGGUAAAUGUCAAAUUGUAAAAAGUUUUGUUGGUGUAUUGUUUUUUUUUUUGAAGUUUUCAUUCAUGACAGCGAAUCAUGAGUAUACAGCCAUGGGUAGAUAUGACUUAACCCUUAUUAUUAAAAAAAAAGUCACGCUGCUAGUUACUUUUUUUACGAUCUCAUUAUAAUUAAUAAAUUAUAGUUAAAUAAAUGCUAAUUUAACUGAAAUUCUUAAGUUUUAGUUAACGUUCCUUAUACUCAAGAUUCAUGUCAUGUCAGAUCUUCAAUAACACAUAAUAUAUGGCCAUCGUCUGGGAUGUUAUUACAACUUAAUAAUAAUGGCAACACCUUAACAUAAAUGAACAAAAAAAAACUAUAUAGAAUACGUUUUAUUUUUUUACUAUAAAAUAAAGUCUAAAACCAAGGUACAAGGUACUACUGUUUGAUUUUAAAUAGUAAAUAAAAGUGGCCAAGUGGGAGUUGGAGUGAGUCCAAUGAAGGGUUCCGUAGCAACAAGUAAUACAAUAUAAAAGUUCUUGUAGUUCGGUGUAACGAUUUAUAACGUAUUAAAAAAACUGUGUCUCUCGCGCAAGCUAUUCGGUUUAGAAAAAUUUGAUGGUUUGAUGAAAAAAAACAUUUGAGGAACUCUCAAAAUUUAUUGUUUUUUUGUCUAUUUUUGUGUGAAAAUCUCAAUGCGGUUCACAAAAUACAUCUACUUGCCAAGUUUCAACAGUAUAGUACUUAUAGUUUCGGAAAAAGUGGCUGUGGCAUAUAAACGGACAGACAGACAGACAUGACGAAUCUAUAUGCCUUCCUUUUUUUGCCAUUUGGCUACGGAACCCUAAGAACUUAUAAUAAAAAGGUAUAAAAUGUUAAAAAUGAAUUUACAAAAAAACGAUUGAUUUUUAUUAGUUAUUUGUGAUAUUUGAGUCGCUAUCCAAAAAAAAUUUUAUAUUGUUUACUUCACAUAUUCAGUAUUUUUUAAGUUUUCUUGAAAAUCUACUAAGAUUAUAAGAAAAGACAAAUUCGUAAAACGAUCAGUUCUUAGACCCAAGUGCGUUAAAUAUUUUGACAUAAUAACAUCUCGCAAGUUGAUUUUUUUUGGCAUUUUACUAACGUAGGUACUUACUAAAUUUUAACAGAGUGAAUUGAACCUGAAAUAUAUCAUAUUUAAGUUUAGAUAUUACGCUGUUAUUAGGACAGUUUUUCACCAAACAAUUUGUCUUUGCGUGGCGUUGUAUUCAAAGCGCGGUCGAAACACAACUGAGUGAAAACUCUGCCUAAUACACGAGAGAGAGAGAGCGCUUAUUAUAUGUCAUUAAGGUUAAUAUAGUGUUUUAAUACUCUUUUCAAUACGAUGAUAAAUUAGAUCGAGAAGUAGCAAACUCCAAAAACUGAUAAUAAAAUAAAAGAUAUUCGCGAUUUAAUUUUUGUAUAAUAAAUCCCACCAACCGCUCCAUAUAAUUGUUUUGUAGUAUCUUUUAUGACAAAAUUUAAUGUUGUGUUGCUAAAGCUCGAAGAAAACGUACAUUAGAUCGGAAAAUAAUCACUGUAUUGAAUAAGUUUGCAUCAUAACAACCCACACUUCCGAAUCCCAGACGAUGUCCUCUGUCAACAGCCUCAAUUCUGUAAAUAUUGCGCUGAAAUAUUUAUAAACAUAACAGUACCUUCAAGUAAGUAUGUGCCAUUAAUAAUUACCGUGUUCUUAUGGUCUUGAGCUGCUCUAGCAGUGAACGUCGUUUUGUUUACCGACAUAGUAAGAUAAUACUUUUUUAAUUUAUUUUAUUAUAUUACAUACUAUGAAUUGUUGUCUUUAUAACAUUACGUUAUGCAGGCUCGUUCAAAUAACAUUUCGAAAUUGAGGGUAGUUUCAAAUAUGAUAAGCCUAGUAUAAUCCGCGCGCGACAACCGGCCGUAGCGUCAGCAAAGCAAGCUCGUGUGACGAAACCCGUUUUAAAUUUAUCAAAUUCAUUUAUUUUUUAAUUUAUUGUUGGAUAUUUGUAUCACUUAUUAAAAGUCAGAAUUUAUCACCAUAAUUUAAUAGAAUAGCGGGCGGUACAAACUCAGCGGGUAUUUAUUGAAAUUAAUCUGCUUUAGGUACAUAUUUUUUUUUUAUUUUAUUCGCAAAGUUCGCUUGGGUACUUUAAUCAGGAUUAAAAGGUUCCUUAUCCAUCCGUUAAAUAUUAAUUUUAAGUGAAGGGUACGGGUCGCUCGCCGUUGUAUUAUUUCUGCGACAAUAUAACCCUAUUUUCUUCAUUCAUUUUUAAAUGGAAACCUUAAAAAUAUUAACAACUAAUUUGACGCCAUUUUCUAAUUUGUUUUCUUUCGUUGAUUUGAUGUCGGUUUCUUAAGUUUUAUUUUUAAAAUUACUCAAAUUUGUAGCCGUCUUGAAAGUAAUCACAAGGUUAUGUGAACUUGCUUUGAUGAAACUACAAUUGAUUCAUAAUUUUGUCUUUUUCGUCUAUUUUUUCACAACUUUCAAGAUGUCAAAGGCCAAGUAGGUUACCAAUUUACAAUAUAUUUAUCACUGCUAGAGCAUGACAUAACCAUAGACCAGUUGACAACAGAAUAUCUUUGCUUAUUUAACCAAUAAUAUUAAAUUAACUUUAUUUCGUAGCUUUAACUAAGUUUUAAUAUAACGACUUGAUAUAUUCUAAUGAUUGUUUCGACUGCGUGUUUCGGUAUUUUGUUAUUUUUUUUUUUACAAAUGCUGCAUAUUGUGUAAAUAAUUGAAAUAUUACUAUGUAUUUUCUAAAUAUUAAAAUUGUUCUGACACUAUACGUAAUAUAAAAGGUCUCAUAUGAACUUUUCUUAAUUUUUAAUACAUUAAUAAGUAUUAAUUGUUUAUUUAAAUCCCAAUACAUAAUAUUUUCAUAUGUUCACAAUUAUCUUUUUUAUUUCAAUUUUCUAUUCAUUUAACAGAUUUGUUUUUUUUUCGUAUGAAUUUAUUGCUAAUGAAAUAAUUGAAAUUAUUCUUGUGUAUGAUACAUCACUUAAUUUAACAAAUGGCAUUAAGUAUUUUUAAUAAUUGUUCAAUUCUAAUUAUAAAUUAAUAUUUAGAAAUUGUAAUUUUAUUACAAUUGUAUAGAUAUAUACAACGUGUUUAUAUUUAAUUCUCAUAACUUUAGGGCUAUGAUCUAUAGCUAAAAAGAAAAAGAAAAGUCCAAGAAACGUGUUAUAAAAUGUAUAUUAUGGAUGUAAAAAUGUUUUAAAAUGUAUAUUGUGUCUUGAUUGUAACCAGUAUGUCAAGUCUUAAUCUUAGCGACGUUGCCAAACUUACACUUACAAAGUUAAUCAAAGGACACAAUUAUCAACGAAAGUUUUUACAUUUUGUACAACAUUAAGUAGGAAAGUACAAUCACUCAUAAUUUGAAGCUCUUAGUAUGCAUAGUUGCCGAUUUUCUCGUAAAGGUGUGUGAUAUUGAUCUAUAUAUAUAUAUAUAUAUAUAUAUAAAAAUGAAUUGCUGUUCGUUAGUCUCGCUAAAACUCGAGAACGGCUGGACCGAUUUGGCAAAUUUAGGUCUUGAAUUAUUUGUGGAAGUCCAAAGAAAGUUUAAAAGGUAAAUAGGGAAAUGCUGCUAAAUUAAAUAAAAACAACAAAUUUGUUUUUCCUUUGAUGUGUCCAUACAUAAAUUCUAUGAGAGAAUUUAUUGACGCAGGGUUUGACAGUUCUGCUGUGAAACAAUUUCAUUACGACAUAUUUUACGGAGUAAUUUUUGAUGUUAUGAUAUAUUAUUGACAAAAUUAAUAUAAAAGCAUUAUUUUAUUUAAUAUAUACAGAACAACGUCUGUCGGGUCAGCUAGUAUUUGAUAAAUAUUUCAAUUAUUUUGUAUGAAAGAUAAGAAACACAAAAACAUACUUUAAAAAAAUCACACACCAUUCGAUUCUAAUAAACGGUCUCGUGCCUUAGAGUUAUGGGAAUUAAACAUAAACACGUUGUUAAACAUAUUGACCACAAUUCCUAUCAAAAUAUUAUAAAUUUGUCAGAAUGAGAUAAGUGAAGCCAGAACAUAGAAUAGCACCUUAAAAGUAUUAUAUUCCUACUGCCUCGAUUGUGUUCGCUUAGAAAAAGAGACUUGUAUUGUAAUAAUAAUCAAUUAAACUGCAUUAUGUUACUGGAAAGUUAUUUAGCUAUUAGUAUAUAAUUACUGUCCUGACUGACUGUUUCAUCAACACCGAGCCUCAAACGUUGUGACUAUGCACAAAGAUUUCUUAAAUGAUGUGAGGACUAAGAAGGGAUUUUUGGAUACUCACUAUUUCUGGUUAUGAAUAGAUGUACAUGUGAUCCCCUAUAAGGCGAUAGAGUGGUCCCUCGUUAUAGCAAAACGCAAUGUAGAGGUCUGCCCUUAUAACGCGUUUUAACGACGUCGACAUUCGUAAUAAUAAUAAUAAUUAAUCACAAUUCGUAACAAGUAUUUCCAAUUGUUUGCCUAGUUUAUUAUUUUAUUAAAGUAUUUAUUACACAAAUUUAAUAAAAUAAUUAAACUUUGUAAUAACACAAUUGACACACGUGCCCUUUGCACGAAGCUAAUUGUGAACUGUAUAAAUCAUUAUAAAUUUCACAAUACAGAAAUAUGUGUAAAUCCCCGUGUUAUACCAGUGGGAGGCUCCUUUGCACAGGAUGCCGUCUAGAUUAUGGGUACCACAACGGCGUCUAUUUCUGCUAUGAAGAAGUGUAUGUUAUAUUACUGUGUUUCGGACUGAAGGGCGUCGUAGCUAGUGAAAUUACUGGGCAAAUGAGGCAUAACAUCUUAUGUCUCAAGGUGACUAUAGCGCAAUUGUAGUGUCGCUCAGAAUUUUUGGGUUUUUCUAGAAUCCUGAGCGGCAAUGCGUUGUAAUGGGCAGGGCAUAUCAAUUACCAUCAGCUGAACGUCCUGCUUGUCUCGUCUCUUAUGAUCAUAAAAAAAUAUAUGGAUGAUUUAAAUCGCGUAAUAUGAAAACGCGUUAUAAGAGUCUGCGUUAUAGGGAGCAUUACUGUACAUGUAUACUAUGCGUUAUUAUUUUGUCUGUAUGCUGCCUUUCCAACAAUUGUGGCUCAGCCGUUGAUGUAAAUAAAUUAUCUUGUAAUGUUGUUAGUCUUAUCUUAUAUUCAUCGUACUGGCAACACAUGAUCUCACAAAUCUGUCUUCUUUUUUUGUUUGUUUGUUUUAAAGUAUUAAAUUAUAUUUCCAGCUUGUAUUAUUGUCAGACUUAUUACUGUUUUGUGUGGGCUUUCAUGCAAAAUAUAUUUCAAAUUGUAAUAUUAUUAUUGAAAAUAGGAUGUGACAAAACUUAUUGAAAUUCAAAACCUAAACUACCACCCAUUCUAAAAAGAUAGCUUAAGACCUAAGAAGAAUGGGCCCAACAAACUCAGCGUUUUUUUCAUCAAAAAAUAUGUUUACAAAGUAAUGUUGUACAAUUAAACUUAUUAUUUAAUAGCCUGUGGGCGGUCGCUCCAUUCCCAAUAAGUAGAAUCAUUAUUUAAGGAAGUCAUUUAUGUUAUAAGUAACCUUUACUACACAGACGUCUUAAACAAUUCUUUUGAAUAACGUAAUACUUUACGUAAAACCAUCUACAUCGCCCCAAAACUCGACUUAGCCGAGUAGUAGGCAUAAUAAGUUUGUGUUUGUUUAGAAUAGAUUUUCUUUUCGAUUGCAUUUCAUAAAACUCGUAUCAUAAUAGUGAUUAUUUAGUUGGCAAUUUCUUUAUUUUUUAAAUUAAUAUUGUUUAAUAAUAGUUUUUUCAGUUCCGUUAAACCUCAUAUUGUAAUUUAUUUGUACUAUUUGUAGAUAAUAUACGUGCAAUUAUUUGUUGGUUUAUAACUCCCGCGCGUUGGUAUAGGGAUAGAACCUUGUGCUUAUUAACGUCUCACGUCAGUGCGAAGUCCGCUAGUUUCGAAACGAUAUUUUUGAUUGGUGACUAUUGAGGUGUUAUGACGUCACAUAGAUGGCGCACUGUCCCAUUGUCAACGCGCGGGAAUAUGUUCAGAGUGAAGAAGGCGUUUUGCAUCCGUCAUUUUUUAUUUAAGUUUUUUUUGUGUGAUAUCUUGAAGCGUUAGCUGUCUGUGAAGAUAUAACACCAGCUGUGUUCAAUUUAGUGUCGGAAAAAGUGUGAUCGGAAAUAUGGGCAACAUGAUUACGAAAGACACCUUAUGAUAAAAAUAUAAAUGGAAAAUGAAAACAUGAAAAAAAUUUUUAUGUAAAGUGGAUACAAAAAUUAACAAAAUUAGCAGCGCUUUCCGCACUAGGCAUGCCUCUGUCGCGGAAGGCACAAAUGGCAAUUAUUCUCUCAAAAAUUAUUCCUUUAGAUUAUUUUUUGAUGUCACUUCUAUGGUACAGUAUAGCAAAUUGUUAUCCGAGAAACUGUUCAAGUAUACCUAUAAGUUAUUAAAAAGUCAUAAAAGGCAUUUAUUUUCUCAAAAUUGAUUCCUUUAGAAUUCUUUUUAAUAUACUAGACACUACCACAGCUUCGGAAACAAAUGGCGCUCUGAGAGAGGAGAAGCGGCGCAAGAAACUCUCCCAGCAUUUUUUAGCGCUCUUUUUAAUCAAAUAUUCACAAUAAAAAAAAACAAAUUGGGUUUUUUCAAGUGAAAUCGAAUUCUCCUUCUUACUCACACUCAAAUUUUAUCUAUUAAUAAUCAUGAACCCAUUUGCAACACACGUGUGAAAAUACCACAUGAAAUUUUGUGUCCAGUUGUGCAAAUUUCCGAUCUGACUUAUUAUUUUCCGCGAAUAUAUUAUAUAAUUCGUGUUAUAUAAAAAUGAUCUCGUGCUUAACGUAACAAGUUUCACGUUUUGUGUUUAUUUAAUUUAAUUAUUAAUGAAUGUAAAUAGUCUUGCCUGAAACAAACACACAUAUUUGCGGAUUGACAAUAAGUAGUUGAUGAAGGCUUUAUACAUUUCUACUUAUGCCUGAAACAAAAUGUAAUAUUAUAACACGAGCUUAAAUACAAUGAAAUAGAAACCAAUGUCAAUUCGCAAGCAUCGAUUGUGUACAGGCAUUACUCACUCGGUUAUUAGAAGAAAUUGAUUAUUUAUUUUGAGUUUUGUUGUAGUUUGUAAAUAUAUGGUUAGUUUUAUGUUUACGAGCGUGGGUCGUACACCAUUUACGGUUCAGCGGGGACUAGGACUGGACUGUUAGUGUCAGCAAUAAAUUUUAAAUAUGAUGGU